AUGGAACAAGAAGAGCACGAAGUGUACGGUGCAGACAUUCCUGAUGAAGAGGUUGAGAUGGAAGCAGAGAUGGAAGCUGAACAACAAGGAGAUGAAGAACUUCCCCCCAAUCACACAACCAAGGAAUUGGAGGACAUGAAGAAGAGGCUGAAAGAGAUCGAGGAAGAAGCUAGCGCCCUUCGCGAAAUGCAAGCUAAGGUCGAGAAAGAAAUGGGCGCCGUUCAAGAUCCUGCUGGGUCUUCUGUAUCUCAAGCUGAAAAGGAGGAAGUGGAUGCUCGAUCGAUCUAUGUUGGCAAUGUUGACUACGCAUGUACGCCUGAAGAAGUCCAACAGCUUUUUCAGUCCUGUGGUACGGUCAACAGAGUGACAAUAUUGACUGACAAAUUUGGUCAACCAAAAGGAUUUGCUUAUGUAGAAUUUGUUGAGAUCGACGCUGUUCAGAAUGCUCUCAUUUUAAAUGAAACAGAAUUGCAUGGCCGACAGCUAAAGGUGUCUGCAAAAAGAACAAAUGUUCCUGGAUUGAAGCAGUACUUUGGAAGAAGACCUGCUGGUUUCCGUGCUAGGAGACCUUUCAUGCCUUCACCAUUCUUUCCACCAUAUGGUUACGGAAGGGUUCCGAGAUAUAGAAGACCGACACGAUACAGGCCAUACUAG